AUGUCUUUCGCAUGCAGACGUGGUCGUGUGCAGACGCCGCAGAAGGUGGGUUCGGCUGUGGCGACUGCCGUCGCCAUUGCUCUGCGUGUUGUAGAGGCGGUCGGACUGCAGGGACGCAGCAUUGGGACGCAUGAAGGUGUCGGGGAGGUUGAGCGUGUGUUGGAUGUGCGGCUGGGUGCGUGGUUCAGCCCAAGGGAACGUGGUCGUGUACAGACGCCGCAAAAAGUGGGUUCGGCUGUGGCGAUUGCCGUCGCCAUUGCUCUGCGUGUUGUAGAGGUGGUCGAACGGCAGGGACGCGGGUGUGCAGACGUGAUCGUGUACAGGAGGCACAGAAAGUGGGUUCGGCUGUGGUAA